AUGGCCAAGCUGGCCGCAGUUGCGGCAGAUGUCGUCUCGUGCCGGCUUGUGCUUGCCGGCGACGCCGCCCUGGGCGCCUCUGCGGGCAUCACCCUCGGCACGUCCUUGCGCCCCGGCCUGGGCGCCUCUGCGCGGCUUGCCACGCUUGCGGCCGCCGGUCGCGGAAGAAGGCUCCCCCUUCUUCCGGUCACCUUGGCAGGCAACCCACUGCUCCCGAGUGUCAGUUGCAGCCUUAAGCAUAAGGACAGGGUGACAGUUCUAAACCUCACCUCGCAGGGCCUUUCUGGCACAAUCACCCCUUCCAUUGGCAACCUCACGUUCUUAAGAAUUCUGGAUCUCAGCUCCAACAAGUUGCAGGGUGAAAUUCCAGUAUCAAUUGGCCAGCUGCCUCGGUUGCAGCAUCUCAAUUUGUCUAACAACUUGCUGCAAGGUGAGAUAGCCACCCAGUUAAAGAAUUGCACCAGUCUUGAAAGGAUCGAACUUGACUCGAACUUUUUCACGGGAGAAAUCCUUGCCUGGCUUGGAGGCUUACCACUCAAGGCCAUACACUUGAGAAAAAACAACUUCACUGGAGUAAUUCCAGAAUCCCUUGGCAACCUCUCAUCCCUGCAAGAAAUAAAUUUUGCCAGGAACGAACUUGAGGGUACAAUACCUGAGGGCCUGGGUGGGCUGAAUAGUCUCAUGUUCGUGGAUCUGGGCGAAAACCAUUUCUCAGGAAUUAUUCCUAAAACAUUCUUCAACAUUUCCUCACUUAUACACUUCAGAGUGACCAAUAAUGAGCUGCAUGGCAUGCUUCCCUCAGACUUGGGGGUUCACCUACCGAAUCUCAAGUACCUGCGCCUUGGCAUCAACCACUUUACAGGAAGCCUUCCGGCCUCUCUUGCCAAUGCAACAGAAAUAUAUUCUCUAGAUAUCUCCUUUAAUAAUUUCACCGGCAGUGUGCCUCCUGAGAUUGGAAAGCUUUGCCCAGACUUCCUCUCCUUCGACACAAAUCAGCUCACUGCGACAACUGCACAAGAAUGGAAGUUUGUAACGUUCCUGACAAACUGCACACGGCUUCGUAUAUUUGACGUCCAAGACAACAUGCUAGGUGCCAUGCUACCGAGCUCUGUUUCAAACCUAUCAGCACAACUCCAGGUUCUUUACGUUGGAUACAAUGAGAUUUCUGGAAAGAUACCAUCUGGCAUCAGCAAUCUUGUUGGGUUAACUCAGCUGCAGUUAUCCAACAACCGAUUUACUGGGCUCGUGCCUGGAAGCAUUGGAAUGCUAACUUCGCUGCAAGCAUUGGGGUUCGAAGGUAACCAGUUGACAGGGUUAUUGCCUUCCUCCCUCGGGAACUUGACACAGCUACUAAAUCUUUACACAGAGAAUAACAUGUUUGAGGGCCCUAUUCCUACAAGCCUAGGAAGCCUCCAGGACAUAACUAUGGCUACAUUCAAUAACAAUAAGUUCACAGGUCCAUUGCCAACACAUGUCUUCAACUUAUCGUCCCUGUCAGUUCUUCUGAAUUUGGCAUACAAUAACUUCGUUGGCCCUCUUCCACCUGAAGUUGGAAGUCUGACAAAGCUUGCAAACUUGUACAUCGCUGGGAACAAUUUAGUUGGUUCACUACCAGAUGCUAUCAGCAAUUGCCAGAGCUUGAUAGACCUUCGGUUGGACACUAACUCCUUCAAUGGUAGCAUCCCAGCAUCUAUCAGCAAAAUGAAAGGUUUGGCAAUCUUAAAUUUGGAUAAUAACGCACUUUCAGGUGCGAUUCCACAAGAAUUGGGUCUCAUGGAUGGGUUGAAAGAAUUGUAUCUUUCACGCAACAACUUGUCUGGGAGUAUACCAGAAAGCUUCGAAAACAUGACAUCGUUGGACAAACUAGACCUCUCCUUCAACCAUCUGGAUGGUAAAGUUCCAUUGCAUGGAGUGUUUAGUAAUGUGACUGGGUUUCUGUUUGAUGGCAAUCUUGCGCUCUGUGGUGAGUUCUGUCUGAUGGAUGACAAAUAUCCCAGAGUUUCUUAUGAUGAAUUGCUCCAAGGAACAAAUGGAUUCAAUACUAACAAUCUGAUUGGCAAAGGAAGGUAUGGAUCAGUGUAUAAGUGCAGCUUGCCACUCAAAAAUACGAUUACUACAGUUGCUGUGAAGGUUUUUGAUCUUCAACAAUCUGGCUCUUCCAAAAGCUUCAUAUCUGAGUGUGAGGCACUUAAUAAGAUCCGUCAUCGUAACUUGAUCAGUGUCAUAACUUGCUGCUCCAGUUCUGACUCGACCCAAAAUGACUUCAAAGCACUUGUGUUUGAGUUUAUGCCAAAUGGAAGUUUACAUAGAUGGUUACAUCUAGAUGAGCAUACAUCACAGCAAUGGCAUGGUCUGACAUUGGCACAAAGGCUGAAUAUUGCUGUUGAUGUUGCUGAUGCCCUAGAGUAUUUGCACAACAGCUGUGAACCACCAAUAGUUCACUGUGACUUGAAGCCAAGCAAUAUUCUUCUUGAUCAGGAAUUGGUUGCUCAUGUUGGGGAUUUCGGCCUUGCAAAAGUUCUUCCUAAUCCAGCAAGUGAGCAACAGGUUGACUCAAAUAGCACUAUGGGUAUAAGAGGAACAAUUGGAUAUGUCGCUCCAGAAUAUGGAGAAGGUGGUCAAAUUUCUACAUGUGGUGAUGUAUAUAGCUUUGGAAUUGUCCUCCUCGAGUUGUUUACAGGCUUGACACCUACUGAAGACAUGUUCAGAGAUGGGUUAACCUUGCAAAAGCAUGCUGAGAAUGCAUUUCCAGGAAUGCUGAUGAAUAUUGUUGAUCCCAUCCUAGUCUCUGAUGAAGAAGCUCAUGCAUGUACUUCACAGGGUGUAAAAAAUGCAAUGGGAGAUAUCAACAAGGUCAUGUUAUCUAUCACAAAACUUGCACUAUCAUGUAGCAAACAUGCACCAAUAGAAAGAAUCAGCAUGAGGGAUGCAGCAGCUGAGAUGCACAAGAUAAGGGACAACAUCGUAUAA